AUGUCAGGCCAUCAGAAUCCCGGGAAUGUUGUUGUUGGCACCGCUAUCGAAAAUCCCAUCGAUCCCAUUGAUAAAGCGAUCUCUACUGCCGAAGGAUAUUCCCAUGACACGAUCCCCUCCUUCGCUUCGACCUUGGCUUUGCCAGGCUUUUUGCCGGCAGCCACCGAGCCUUCCGCUUUUCCAGAACCAGCCUCGGUCGAUGAUUUUCUCUUCGAGCUCGAUGGAGGCAUCGAACCGACACUCAAGCCUCCGCUGCCCGAUGACAUACCUUCUACAACGGCAGUAUCGCCAACGCACCACACACGAUAUAGAUCUAGCCUCAAAUUCAAACCAGCCCUUCACCUCCUGAGCGGAACUUACUAA